AUGCCACCACGCAUAGCAGACGACGAAUACGUCGACGAGGGAGCCGACGCCUACGAUGCCGAGGACUUUCUCGACGACGACGACAGCGGAGACGAGUACCGCUCAGCACCAUCGCUACCCAAGCUGGGAACAUUACGUGGUGCACUGGCCGCAUCACGCUCCAACGCGGCUGGAUCCAACGGCAAGGCAGGGCCAUCGGCAGCGGGUGCAUCGUCCUCCUCGGCAAGCACAGCCGCUCGAGUCAAAGCAGCAGCCAACGCGAAAGCGAAACAAAAAGAUCAGGGCUAUUCAUGGGAGGCCACGUACAAGCGAUCAUGGGACGCAGUAGCAGAAGACGACUCGGGCUCGCUCGAGAGCGCCGUCCGAUCCAUGAUCGAAGGGUCCAAACGCAGGCGGACACUCAAAGACGUUGCACCCGUCCAACGAGGUAUCAUCCGGCAUCUCGUCCUUCUCGUCGAUCUAUCCGCCAGCAUGCUCGAGAAGGAUAUGCGGCCAAAUCGGUUCGAUGUGACGCUACAAUACGCACGCGAGUUCGUCGGCGAGUACUUUGACCAAAACCCCAUCGGCCAACUCUCCAUCAUUGGCACACGAGAAGGCAUCGCAGAACGACUCGCCAUGAUGGGCGGCAAUACGAUCGACCACACCGCUUCGCUUUCCAACAAACGAAGACUUGAGCCACGAGGCGAGCCAUCACUGCAAAACGCACUCGAGAUGGCGAGGAGUAGUCUCGUCCACCUACCGGCAUCCAAUUCGCGCGAGAUCCUCGCCAUCUUCGGCAGCUUGACAACAUGCGAUCCCGGCAACAUCCACGAUACCAUCAGCACGCUCGUCAAGGACAACAUCCGCGUCUCGAUCGUUCACCUCGCGGCGGAGGUCAAAGUGUUCAAAGACGUAUGCACGCGGACGGGUGGCACGUUCAGCGUGGCCCUCAACGAGGGUCACUUUCACGAUUCGCUCUUUGACCUUGUCCCUCCGCCGGCAGUCGAGGGUCCACGACGGACCAAACGUCGUCCCGUCACAGACGAAGACGAAGUACAAACAGGCGUAGACCUCCUCCAGAUGGCCUUUCCCUUGCGCCUGCCCGCACACGCAGCACCCACUCUCUGCGCAUGCCACUCUCGCUCCCGCGGUUCGGGCUACCUCUGUCCGCGCUGCAACGUCAAGGUGUGCGAUGUACCCACCGAUUGUCCGGUGUGCGGCGUGACGAUCGUCAUGUCGACCCACCUGGCGCGAUCGUAUCACCACCUGUUCCCCGUGCCCAACUGGAAAGCUGUGCCUUGGUCGAGCGUGACGGAGGACUCGGAACCAGCGUGCGCCUCGUGCAACGUGGCUUUCCCAACGGAGGAGAGGAGCGCGGCCGCGAACAAGGCGUUGGAAGAGGCGGGGUUGAGCGCGAGUUCGAGAUACAGGUGUCCGCGGUGUGCGAAGGACUUUUGUCUCGAGUGCGACGCGUUCGUACAUGAACAGCUGCACGUAUGUCCUGGAUGCUGUUGA